AUGGCGCUCAUAUCAGCCAGGACAAUCAUCACCUCUCUAUCCCUAUUUCAUAUCACUCUGGGCUACUUUUUCCUCACAAGCCCCAUCACCGUCGCCGACCAAGCGCUCGUGUGGGUGUUGGGCGAGGCUAUGGGCAUGCCCUUCGCCCGCGCCUUUGACUCGCAGUCGCCCUCUCUGGCCUUCCUGGCAGUCAUACUUGCCUUUGUCGGCAUCACUGAUCUCGUCACCCUCAGCCUGCCCGACGAGAUCUGCCUCGUUCACCACUGGGGUACACAAGCUCCGCUCCGAAUGUCCAUCUUUCUCUUCCUCGUCUUUUACACGUUUACGUUCUCGGCCUCGUCGCCGAUAUACGCCGGUGCGAACCCCCGCGGCAUCCUCACCCACCCGUCGGCGCACGUGCACAACCCCGGCUACAAGCCCGCGACGUGGGGCGGCGACGGCCUCAAGAACCGCGUCUUCUUCACCUUCGCCUUCCUGGAGCUGAUGUGUUGGUUCUGGGUCUGGGUUACACUUCGUGAGGAGCGCAAGGAGGUCCUCACCAGGAAGGCCAUGCGGAGGAGGGGUAGCCAGGGCAGCCACACUUUGCAGAAAUAG